GAAAAAGGUGGGGGAAAUUUAAUGGAGGAGUAAUAAAUGCUCUCAAGCGCUCUCUCUUCCCUUCUCUUCUUCCACAACAGACUGUGUUCAUUGCUCGUGGGGUCUCUCUCUCCUCUCUAUCUCUCUCUUUCUCUGUGAAGACGAAGACAGCUGUUUCUGAGUUUCCCUUUUGUUUUUGUGUCUAUCUUCUUCUCAACCAAGUUUUUUUGUGUCCAAAAUCUCGCAAAGAAACGCCUUUCUCUUCUUCAUCCUUAGAUUUCUCGGACUUUCUUUUACUAGUGGGAAAAAGACAGAAUCUCAAAAAAAGUCCUAACUUGUCCAAAGUCCAAAGCUUUUGAAAGAGACCAUAAAAGCAGUGCUUAAUCUUCCUCUGUCUCUGUCUGUGUCUCUCUCUCUUUUGGGGGUUUGAGGAAAGGAGAAGAAAAUGACGAGAGGAGCUGAAUUUGAGAUGGGUUUCUUAGUGAUUCUUCAAUCCAUGUUUCUGAUGUCUCUAUGUUCAUCAGAGGAGUUCUUACCUGAGAUAUCACCAGAUACUUCUCCUCAACCAUUUCUUCCCUUUAUUGCCCCUUCUCCAAUGGUUCCAUACAUAAACAGUACCAUGCCGAAACUAUCGGGGCUUUGUUCGCUUAAUUUCAGUGCGUCUGAGAGUUUGAUUCAGACAACUUCACACAACUGUUGGACUGUGUUUGCUCCAUUGUUGGCAAAUGUGAUGUGUUGUCCUCAGCUAGAUGCUACACUCACGAUAAUCCUUGGGAAAGCGAGCAAAGAAACCGGUAUGCUUGCGCUAAAUAGAACCCAGUCUAAGCACUGUCUCUCGGAUUUAGAGCAAAUCUUGGUAGGCAAAGGCGCUUCGGGUCAGCUUAAUAAGAUCUGUUCUAUUCACUCGUCGAAUCUCACUUCUUCGUCGUGCCCUGUUAUCAAUGUCGAUGAGUUUGAAAGCACGGUGGAUACAGCGAAACUUCUUCUGGCCUGUGAAAAAAUCGAUCCUGUGAAGGAAUGUUGCGAAGAGGCUUGCCAAAAUGCGAUACUCGAUGCUGCUACGAAUAUAUCUCUUAAAGCAUCAGAAACUUUAACUGAUAAUUCAGAUAGGAUCAAUGAUUGCAAGAACGUAGUAAACCGCUGGCUUGCUACUAAACUUGACCCUUCUCGGGUUAAGGAAACUCUCAGAGGCUUAGCAAACUGCAAAAUCAAUAGAGUUUGUCCUCUUGUCUUUCCGCACAUGAGGCAUAUUGGUGGUAACUGCAGCAACGAGUUGAGUAACCACACGGGUUGUUGCCGUGCAAUGGAAAGUUAUGUGUCUCACUUGCAAAAGCAAACACUUAUAACCAAUUUGCAAGCUUUAGAUUGCGCGACCAGCCUUGGCAUAAAGCUACAGAAACUUAACAUCACUAAGAAUAUCUUCAGCGUUUGUCAUAUAAGUCUCAAGGACUUCUCUCUUCAAGUUGGAAACCAAGAAUCUGGCUGUCUAUUACCAAGCUUACCAUCUGAUGCGAUAUUUGAUAAAGACACGGGAAUAAGCUUUACUUGUGACCUCAACGACAACAUUCCCGCUCCAUGGCCUUCAUCUUCUCAAUCCUCAGCAUCUGCUUGUAAAAAACCUGUUAGAAUUCCUGCUCUCCCGGCUGCUGCCUCCUCGCAACCCCGUCUCUACGAUGAAGGAGUGACACGUUUGGUGAUCUCUGUCUUGUCUAUGGUUCUUGUGAUGCUUCUGUUAUAGUAGAACUAAACCGGAUCCAGUCUUCUCUCUACCGGUUUACUAGUCAAUAGGUGUUUGCGUAGAUCAAACCGGUAUAGUCGCUGCAGAAGUCGUAUGUUGACAUGACCGGUUCAAGUGUUUGAGUUGUUGAGUUAUAAGUUUUCGGAAAGUCUUUUAUCUUUUAUUGAUUCAUGAUUCUUGAAAACCUUUUUAAUGUAAAGAAAAGGUAUUGUAGGGUUUAUAUGUAAGCUUAUUAUAUAUUUAUUUAUAGACUGUCGAUUUCGUAAUUCAAAAGUGUUACUUAAAUAA